AUUUGUUGCUCCGAGCGCCAGCUGUGCCAUCAACAAGCCCUGGAGUCCGCUGGACCACCACUGCUUCGCGAGUGAGCUCCAGAAAACAUCAUGGGGCGAGGAAAGAACCCCCGUGUCUACCUCGACAUUUCCAUUGGCAGCCGAACAGGUGGCCGUGUGAUCAUCGAGCUUUUCCCCGAUGUCACUCCCAGAGCUGCGGAGAAUUUCCGUGGCCUUUGCACCGGUGAAUAUGGCCUUGGACGAAAUACCAAAAAGAAACUGAGCUACGAGGGUUGCCAAAUCUUUCGCUCAGUCAAGAAUUUCAUGAUCCAGACUGGAGACUUUCAGUUCAACAAUGGUGACGGUGGCGAAAGCAUCUAUGGCGGCACCUUCAAUGAUGAAGACUUCGUCCGUCGCCACACGCAGGCCGGCGUUGUCAGCAUGGCCAACAAAGGUCGGAACAGCAAUGGAUCGCAAUUCUUCAUCACCCUGAAGCGUUCUGUGCAGCUGGACAACAAACACAUCGCUUUUGGUCAGGUGGUUGAAGGGAUGGAUGUCAUCCGUGCUGUGGCUGCCGUACCCACGGACCGAGAUGAGCGCCCACGAGUGGCUUGCACCAUCGUCGGUUGUGGAGAGGUCGGCUCAAAGACGCAAAGCGGAGUUGACUUCCACACCGAGAUGAGUAAGCAGAUCCAGAAUCUGACGGAAGAGGAAGCUCCGAAGGCAAAUGCUGCUCAACAAGGCAAACAAAUUCUAGCUGGCAAGCCAGGUGGUGCUGCCACCGGCAAUGAAAUCAGCGGUAGCAGUCUGAAGCGAAAGGUCGAGGAGGAGGCUUUCCCCAGUGAAACUGCUGGACUGCCACCGCCAAAGACGGAGCGAGAGAAGAAACUCUACGAGCUAAGGCUGAGGAUGAAUCAAGGCCGGGUGGCGAACAAUAAAGAGGUCAUUGAAGAGCAGAAGAGAGACUCAGAUCCUGGCUAUAGCAAGAAGAUGGCUGCGAGGCGAUCUGCUGAGGAAGAGAAAAAAGAAGAAGACGACAAGAAGAAAGAUACACGGAGCAGGAAUUCAAACCUCCCAGAUGGCAAGGAGUACCUUGCAGACACAAUUGAGUAUGCCGAGCAGCGUGAAGCAAAAAAGAAGAAAGGAAAUCCUGAUGCAUUUGGCUGGGAUGUCUUCAACCAGGACUCGUUGCUGCGUGCACAUGAGAAGCGUUUGAAGCAUAUGCAAUUCAACCAAGAGGCCUACGAGAGACAAAAGAAAGAGAUUGAACAGGACGGUGAAGGUCUGAAGUUUGCAGGUUUUGGCUUCAAGCCGACGGAAGAGGCAAAGGACCGCCUUGGAGAGGCAAUGGACAAGAUCUUGGAGAAGAAGAAGGACUUCUCCAGAAGGCGUGCCUACAAUGAUGAUGAGGACAGGACUUAUGUCAAUGAUAGGAAUCGCUUCUUCAACAAGAAGUUGGACCGCUUCUUUGGCGACUACACCGAGGAAACUCGACAAAACCUGGAACGUGGUACAGCUCUUUAAAGCGACCAUCAGAUCUCAGGCGUUCUGUGUCAAUGAUCUGCAGCUGCAUCGCAGACUCAAAAGAA